AUGGGCUUCCUAAGGGACUACGAGGCCAAAUUGAGCGUAUCAGGCGAUCGGCUUAAUGAUUUGGAGCGAAACCUUCAAGAUCAAACAGGUUCCAGGCAAGCGUUGGUUGGUUUAAACGAGAGCCUCCAAAGCUAUUACCUAAUGGAUUCCAGAUUAUCUGAGUGGGAGAAGGACAGCAGCGAGGUCCGAGAACCUGCUGUAGUGACGGAGAACUACCGGCAAGCUGGAAUUAUUAGGUACCUUUCUGACGAGCUGGUAUCGAUGUUUCCGCCUCCUCCACCUAGGUCUAACUCCAUACCCAGCGCCAUCCUGUGUUGUCACUCGGACGCGCAAUUUUCGUCUUCAGCCUUUGGAGAUUACGCGGAGAGGCAUCUGCGAUUGAUACGGGAGCUAGGGGAGGCUAGACGAGCAUAUGCGAGCUUAAAACAGCAGUGCCAGGAACUCGGAUAUCAAUUGGAAGAGCCUACCGAAUAUGACGAUGAUGACUAUCAAGAUGUUCUGAAUUUGAUGGAGACUGGACGCCCCCGUAUUGACGCUAUACUUGCAGGAAAUACAGCAGACGAAGAGGUCACUCUACCAUUGCCGAUGAAGGCCAUGUACGCAGGACAGAGCAGCAGGAUUAAGAGCUGGCUCGACAACAUUGAGAACACUUGCUCGUAUCAGAUGCCACCAAAACCCGAGUCAGAUUUGCCUCCAGAAAUGUUUACAGAAACUAGCUCUCAGCCAGACUUGACCCUUUUCGUUACUGAUCGGGAUGCAAGUCGUGUACGGAAGAUGAGGAUAGAACCGGCAAAUGGAAGUUCAGGAUGCGGCUCAGAACAACACAAACUCUUUGCAGUCUGCGCAAGACGGAAAUCUGCUCCUGAUCUUCGAAAUUACUAA